AUGCCAGCAUCAUAUGGGGAGGCUGCGCGGAAGGAUGUGGAGCGGGCAUUUGGUGUGCUCCAAGCGCGUUGGGUAAUAGUGAAAGGUCCAGUGCGUUUCUGGUACAAGGAAGUCAUCGCCCAUGUCAUGUAUCUGUCCAUCAUCUUGGAUAAUAUGAUAGUCGAAGACGAAGGUGCUGGAGUCACCAAUUGGGGCGAUGGGGAAGUUGGACUUAGCUCCUGUACAAUGACCCUGCAUCACGUUCGAUGGUUACCGAUGUGCUACAAUGAGGUUCUAGCGGCACAGGCCUCAAUGCGCAACCAACAAGACCAUGCUCGACUCAGGUCCGACAUGGUUGAAGAAAUUUGGGCACUCAUGUAUCCGUGCAUCAUCUUGGAUAACAUGAUAAUCGAAGACGAAGGUACUGGAGUCACCGAUUGGGGCGAUGAGGAAGUUGGACCUAGCUCCUGUGCGGCAACCCCGCAUCACGUUCGAUGA